GGGACGAACCACCACAAUGACCCGGUCCUGACUAAAAACUGAAUGGAUUAGCCAAUCUAUUCUGAGCUCUAAUGAGAUUAGAGACAUGGGUCGCGGCGGCGUGGUACCUUUCGCUGAGCUCCUCCGGGAGCGUUCUCCCUGUCAGCUCUCCUCCAGACGUGGAAAUGGCGCUUUCGGCUCUGGAGAUGCCUCGUCGGGCGCCAGGGGACAAUAACAGACAUUUGAAUGCACGCUCACCUGUGCCGCUUUUGUGGCGCGCGGAUCCCUAGAAGUAGAAGUAGUUGUAGCUGUAGUUGUUGUAGUUGUUGUAGUAGUUGCAGUAGCAGUCGCAGUAGUUGCGGUGACAGUAGUGGCGAAGGAGGACAACAUGAAGUACCAGAAAUACAUCACGGUGAUGCAGAUGGCCAUGGGAGUGACAGCCUCCAACAAAGACUGCCUGCCCACUAAGAGACAGCUGUGGGUGACCCCACCAGAUGGAGAAACAUCCCCCUCAGGUGCUCCCGGGUGUUCAGAUGAGCCUUCAGGUGCUACAGGUGGCGCUGGUGCUAUGGCAAUGCCUGCCACCUCCACCCUCUCGUUGCCCAUGAGCCAGGGCAAACCCUCUCUACGUCGCAUCAAAGGCCGCAUUCACCGCAGCAAGAGCCUGGACAGCAUCGAUCUGCUCGACUCCAAUAGUGCAGCGAUGGAGGAAACAGUCAUAUGGGAACAGCACACAGUGACCCUUCACAGGGCCCCAGGUUUUGGGUUUGGUAUUGCAAUCUCUGGCGGGCGAGACAACCCUCAUUUUCAGAGCGGGGAGACGUCCAUUGUGAUAUCUGAUGUGCUGAAAGGAGGUCCUGCAGAGGGACUGCUUCAAGAAAAUGAUCGAGUGGUGAUGGUCAAUGCAGUCUCUAUGGACAACGUAGAACAUGCCUAUGCUGUGCAGCAGCUCCGAAAGAGUGGCAAAAAUGCAAAGAUAACUAUUCGUCGGAAAAGGAAAGUGCAAAUCCCUGUUUCUCGGCCAGGGGACAGGGAGACAAUGUCAGAGCAUGAGGAAGAAGAUAGUGAUGAGGAUGAUGGCUAUGAGCACCACACUGGUGGUGGCAGAAGUGCCUAUGAAGGAGCAAGCGGAGGCACGGGCACUGGCAGGCGUCAUGAUCGUGAGCGGAGCAGCAGCAACAGACGGGAUAACAGUGCCUCGCGGGAGCGUAGCAUCUCUCCGCGCUCUGAUCGCCGAUCACAAGCCUCCUCUGCUCCACCCAGGCCUGCCAAGGUCACUCUUGUCAAGUCCCGCAAGAAUGAAGCAGAGUAUGGACUUCGGUUGGCCAGCCACAUAUUUGUCAAGGACAUCUCCCCAGAAAGCCUUGCUGCCAGAGAUGGGAACAUCCAGGAGGGAGAUGUUGUACUUAAGAUCAAUGGCACAGUUACAGAGAACUUAUCACUGAUAGAUGCCAAGAAGCUGAUUGAGAGGUCAAAGGGCAAGUUGAAGAUGGUGGUGCAGAGAGAUGAGCGAGCCACACUGCUCAACAUUCCUGACCUUGAUGACAGCAUCCCAUCAGCCAAUAACUCUGACAGAGAUGACAUUUCAGAAAUACAUUCACUGACAUCAGAUCAUUCCAAUCGAUCCCACGGGCGGGGUCGAUCACGUUCGCCUGACAGGCCCGAAACAUCGGACCACCUCCGUCACUCACCUCGGCAGAUCAGUAAUGGCAGCCAUCGAAGUCGAGAUGAAGAGCGCAUAUCCAAACCAGGGGCCAUGUCUACACCCGUGAAAAGCUCUGAUGAUGGUGUCUUGUCACAGGCCAGUGAUCAAGCCAGCUCCAAUAAUGAGAAGCAGUUACCACCACUGCCAGAACCAAAGCCAGUUUAUGCGCAGCCUGGUCAGCCUGACGUGGAUCUGCCUGUCAGCCCUUCUGAUGCCCCUGUACCCAGUGCCGCUCAUGAUGACAGCAUCCUGAGGCCGAGUAUGAAGCUGGUCAAGUUCAAGAAGGGAGAGAGUGUCGGUCUGCGGUUAGCUGGAGGGAACGACGUGGGAAUUUUUGUGGCAGGAGUCUUGGAGGACAGUCCUGCGGCCAAGGAGGGGCUGGAGGAGGGAGACCAGAUUCUCAGGGUGAACAAUGUGGACUUCGCUAACAUCAUCCGGGAAGAGGCUGUGUUGUUUCUGCUGGAUCUCCCAAAAGGAGAAGAAGUUACUAUUCUGGCUCAGAAAAAGAAAGAUGUGUAUCGGAGGAUAGUGGAAUCAGACGUGGGUGACUCCUUCUACAUCCGGACACAUUUUGAAUAUGAGAAAGAGUCGCCGUACGGGUUGAGCUUCAACAAGGGCGAGGUGUUCCGUGUAGUAGAUACACUCUACAAUGGCAAAUUAGGUUCCUGGCUUGCCAUCCGUAUUGGCAAGAACCAUCAGGAAGUGGAAAGGGGCAUCAUUCCCAACAAAAACAGAGCCGAGCAGCUAUCUAGUGUGCAGUACACCCUCCCAAAAACACCAGGGGGCGACAGAGCUGACUUCUGGAGAUUCCGAGGAUUGCGAAGCUCCAAGAGGAAUUUGCGGAAGAGCAGGGAGGACCUGUCAGCCCAGCCUGUUCAGACCAAGUUCCCUGCCUAUGAGAGAGUGGUGCUGAGGGAAGCUGGGUUCCUGAGGCCUGUGGUUAUCUUUGGGCCAAUAGCAGACGUGGCCAGAGAGAAACUGGCCAGAGAGGAGCCAGACAUUUUUGAACUAGCGAAAACACAGCAACAACAAGGAGGGGAAAAGAGCGAACCUAGGGAUGCGGGAACCGACCAGAAAAGCUCGGGUAUCAUUCGCCUGCACACCAUUAAACAGAUCAUUGACCGGGACAAGCAUGCAGUGCUGGACAUCACCCCUAAUGCAGUGGACCGCCUGAACUACGCUCAGUGGUAUCCAAUUGUGGUGUUUCUCAACCCAGACACAAAGCAGGGCGUCAAGACCAUGAGGACCCGACUCUGCCCCGAGUCUAGAAAGAGCGCCAGGAAGCUGUAUGAACGAGCGCUCAAAUUAAGGAAGAACAACCACCACCUCUUCACCACAACCAUUAACUUGAACAACAUGAAUGAUGGUUGGUUUGGAGCAUUGAAAGAGAUAAUCCAGCAGCAGCAGAACCAGCUGGUGUGGGUCUCAGAGGGCAAGGCUGAUGGGGCAGCUGAGGAUGACUUGGACAUCCAUGAUGACCGACUGUCCUACCUUUCGGCACCAGGCAGUGAGUAUUCCAUGUACAGCACUGACAGCCGCCACACCUCCGACUACGAGGACACGGACACAGAGGGUGGAGCCUACACCGACCAGGAGCUGGAUGAAACACUGAAUGACGAUGUGGGUCCACCCACGGAGCUUGCCAUCACCCGCUCAUCUGAGCCUGUCCGUGAGGAUCCACCUGUCAUCCAGGAGCCCCCCGGCUACGCUGGCUACCAGCACGCAGUGCAGCCGGACCCCCUGAACCGCAUCGACCCGGCGGGAUUCAAGGCACCAGCGCCGCAGCAGAAAGCAGAAGCCGCUGCCGUCCCUAGCAUCCCCCAGCAGCCUGAGCCCCUGGCUGAGACAGUGCCCCCUGCUGUCGACGUUACUGUAAAAACUGUAGGGGGUCUGAGCCCUGACGAGGCUCCUGCAGCUCCUCACAGCCAGCCAAGCCCCAUCCCAGAGGCUGGCUCGCUCAGGAGGCCCACACCUGAGCUAACCCCUCAGAGCGUGACACCAGAACCUCUACAGUCUGGACCAGCCAUUUCAGAACCAAAGAUGUUUCAGAAGGAUCCAUACAGCACAGACAACACAGGGAGAAUUGGUCACAGCAUGAAGCCUGUGACUUACAGCCCUCAGCAGGGAUAUCACCCUGACCAGCCAUACAGAGAUUAUGACCACCCACCCAGUCGAUAUGAUGUCAGCAGCAGCGGAGGUGGUUACCCAGAACCAAAGUACCGCAACUAUGACUCCAACCUGCCCUACGAGAACAGUGUGCCUCACUACGACCAGCAACAGUGGAACCCGUACAGUCAGCCCCACUCUACUGCCAACUCACAGGGCUACGAUCCCCGUUUGCCAUACAGUGAUGGCCCUGAUUCCCAGUACACACCUCCUCUCCGCUACGACGAGCCCCCACCUCAGCAGGGAUUCGAUGGGCGGCCUCGCUAUGGAAAACCGACGGGUCCAGGGCCCGUCCGUUAUGAUGACCCUCCACCUCCUGCUCCAAUGUCUGACCUGCACUACGACCAGGAUUCUCACCUGAGCACAUUCCCCUCAGCUGCCCGCUCACCAGAGCCCGCUGCCCAGCGGCCUGCCUAUAACCAGGGACCAACACCGCAACAAAAGAGCUACAAACCUCAGCAGUAUGACCCCAUUCCUGUGAACUCUGAAACCAGCCCAACACCACCCCCCAAAGCAGAGGCCCCCUCGUCAUCCCCUGUGGAUGCUCCAAAGCCUGUCCCUGCCAGAGAAGAGCAGCAGGAUGACCCCGCCAUGCGGCCGCAGUCGGUCCUGACAAGGGUCAAGAUGUUCGAGAACAAACGCUCUGUGUCGGUGGACAGAGCCAGAGAUGCAGGGGAUUCAAUUGGGAACAAGGCAGCUGAUUUACCUCUGAAAGCAGGAGGAGUAAUCCCGAAGGCAAAUUCUCUGAGCAACCUGGAUCAAGAGAAGACCUUUAGAGCUCCAGAGCCACAGAAGCCUCACUCCAGUGUAGCAGAUGACAUAGUGCGCUCAAACCAUUACGACCCUGAUGAAGACGAGGACUACUACAGGAAACAGCUGUCUUACUUUGACAAGCUCCAGGCCGGUCCCAACAAACCCCAGCCACAAACACAAGCAAGCCACAACUUCCCCAGGACAGAGUCAGUGGAAAAACCAAGUCCAGUGGAGAAAAAAUAUGAACCAGUUCCCCAGGUGACGCCUGCACUACCACCAGCCACACUGCCCAAACCUGCACCUGAAGCCAAGGCUCCUGCCCGAGAGGACACUGUCCAGACCAACUUCCUGCCUCACAAGAGUUUCCCUGAGAAGUCUCCAGUUAAUGGCACAAGUGAACAACCUCCGAAAACACUCACAAAUACCGGGGCUCCACCAGUAUCCAGCUACAACCGCUACACGCCUAAGCCCUACACCACGUCUGCCAAGCCUUUUGCUCGCAUGUUUGACAGUCCGAAAUUCAACCACAACCUUCUGCCCAAUGACAAGCCAGAGAUCGCUCCGAAGGGUCGGAGCUCCAGUCCAGUAAAGCCUCAGAUUCCCCCACAGCCCCAGAACACGGACCAUGACAGCGGUCUGGACACUUUCACACGCACUAUGGACCACCGUUCCAAACACCAGCACAACAACAUCAACGCUGUUCCCAAGGCCAUCCCCGUGAGUCCCAGUGCCCUGGAUGAUGACGAGGAUGAAGACGAGGGCCACACAGUGGUUGCGACAGCUCGAGGCAUCUUCAACUCCAACGGAGGCGUCCUGAGCUCUAUUGAGACAGGUGUCAGCAUAAUUAUCCCACAGGGUGCCAUCCCUGAAGGUGUGGAGCAGGAGAUCUACUUCAAGGUCUGCAGAGACAACAGCAUCCUGCCACCACUCGACAAGGAGAAAGGAGAGACUCUGCUCAGCCCUCUGGUGAUGUGUGGACCUCAUGGCCUCAAGUUUUUAAAGCCUGUGGAGCUGCGCUUACCUCACUGUGCGUCAAUGACCCCUGAUGGUUGGUCUUUUGCUCUAAAAUCCUCCGACUCCUCGUCGGGUGACCCAAAAAGCUGGCAGAACAAGUCUCUCCCCGGAGACCCCAACUACCUGGUGGGAGCCAACUGUGUUUCUGUGCUCAUCGACCACUUUUAAGGACGGACGGAGCGGCGGGUGUGAUGUUACUGAAUGUGAAACCGUGUGGGAUGAAAUGAAGAAGAUGGAUACACAUCGACACAUACACUCACGCAGAUGCACUCCGAACACACACACACACACACACACACACACACACACACUACAUGAUGGAGUAUGAAGAAGACCCAGUCAGUGCUGUUUACUGCACCCAUGGAUGAAGGCAAGACACUGAUGAUCGUUACAAGCUGUUCUUUAAACUUUUCUCCCCGAGUUGAAGUUUUGAUGUGAAACCAGUAAUGCAUGCCCCAUGCCACUGAGGAUUGACACUAUAUAUAUACGGCAAUGUUUAAUGUCAUUUUUACAUGAAUUUAAAAAGGAUGGAUGGUUCUUGAGGCAGCGUACAUGCUUCAAACAAUGUGUCGGUAUAUUUAUGCUAUAUAUGCAUACAGUAUAUAUAGUAGUAUAGAGAUUUACUAAAAAAAAUUUACUCAUGAAUUCAACUUACCGGUCUUUUUUUUUUUUUCUUUUUUCUUUCUCAGUUCAGGUGGCUCCACGUGUUUAUUUUUCUAUAUUGAGGGAUUUUAAAUGAAGGUUUAAGGCGUGAAGUAAAAAAGGUGAUGCAAGUAUCUGUUGAAGGCAAAACACAAGUUGGAUAUGAACCCAAGCAGCACACUUUUUCACACGUUCACAAGAGACGUUCUUCCUCCUCUUCCUACAGCGAUAUCUUGUAGCUUAAUUUUCUUACCGAGUACCACGUCUCUCCUUCCAGCCUGAGGGAGAUCUAUGCAUGUUCUUUACUCAGGUCCAGUAGCCUCCUCAGUUUCUUCCUCACAUCUGUUUCUCUUCUUCUUCUUCUUCUUCUUCUUCUUCUUCUUCUUUUUCUUCUUCUUCUUCUUCUCUUUUUCUCUUUUUCUUCUAUCUUCUUCCUUUCUGUGCACACUUGCACUCACACACAAAUAAGCAGUGAUGCCUUAUCUGCAGAUUAUUCACUUUUCAUUAAGAGAAAAAAAAGAAUAAGUUAUGAUAAAUUAUGGUAUAAUGUCUUUUUUUGCCAUUUCGUUGUGAACCCUCUGUAUAAAUGAACUUGGGUUUAGCACACAACAACAGUCGAUAAAGGAUAACAAAGGUAUGCUCUUCUUUUAUCUGCUAUGCAUUACUUAAAGAAAAAAGAAACGACAACAACAGAAAAGAAGUGGCUGUAAAUAAAGCUAGUAUAUUGCCUUGUUUUUCUUUUGUUUGUAAAUGAACUUUUUGUAUGUCUUUCUUUUUUGUAUAAAACUUAGAGAAAACAUGUUUUAAAAAAGUGGAAGACAGUGAACGUGGUUAUCUUUGUAUUCUGGAUAUACCCUUGAGCCUUGGAACUUGUAACCUAACAAUAAUACAUCACACCUUUUCUACCGAUAUAUUCAAACCAUGUUAACGGUCAGAAAUUUAAAAAGCAAAAAAAAAAAGAGAAGAAGAAGGUCUUUUUACGGCUCUUUAAGGAUCGGGAAUGUGCGUGGGCUAAAAUACAUUUAAAACAUGUUUGUUUUCAAAGGGUGUGCUCUCAAAGUGUCCCCCUCACUGAUUUGUGAUACUGGAUGCUGUAUCGUGUGCCCUUAAAUGUAUUUUUGUACUAAUAGACAAUAUAUGAUGUAUGGCACACCAGUACCAUUUUAUUUUUAGAUAUAACACGGCUUUAAUUGGAUAUUAGCUCUUCACGUGUGGCUGACUUUUUUUUUCUCUUCUGCAACACAAUUUUAAGUAUACCACUGUAUUAAUAAAUAAAAUCAUUUUUAAAGUAAAA